AUGCGGGCGGCUGGACAUGAAUUUGAGACCCGCUUCUGGUGCACCCUCUCUGACCUGGUUGCUCAACUACACGUAACCCCAGGCACAGCCCAACAAUGCUUCAUCUGGGUUUCCGAGGAACUAUUCCAAGGAGGCUCCAGUUGGGGCCCUGUUGUGGCAUUCUUUGUCUUUGGGGCAGCCCUGUGUGCUGAGAGUAUCAACAAAAACUUAGAGCCAUUGGUGAGGCAGAUACAGGAUUGGAUGGUGGCCUAUCUAGAAAUACACCUGGCUGACUGGAUCCACAACAAUGGCGGCUGGAUGGAGUUCACAGCCCUGUACAAGAACAGGGCCCUGAAAAAUACAUGGUGUCUACAGGAAAGGAACUGGAUGUAA